AGAAAAAGCACGCAAGAGAGAGGCAAGGCGCAUAAUACCAUUUGCCCGUUUGUUCAAAUGUUAUGACGCCAGAAAAAAAAAUUAGGUACAUUAACAUUGAUGAUUCGAACAACACCCGGUGCACCGCCUCUUACGUAAAUAUGUCCCCCAUAGUCGAUCACGCAAGUCAGAUCAGGUACUCUGGCAAUAGGUGGCAUCCUUGGAGCCCGCGUUUCAAUGACCCGAUUGUUAGAGCUGCUCCAAAGGAAAUUGCUACGGCGAAGGGGAGCCGGCAGCCACCUCUCAUUAGCCAAUUGAUCGCGGCGCGAGGGGCAUUCGUAAGACUGGCGCUGAGCAAACAAUACAGCAUGGUGCCGAGGCUCGCUCUGGUCGCGCUGGUCGUGUGCGCGCUGCUGCUGCCCGCCGCCGCGCGCCGCGGCCGCACGCGCUCCCGGAACAAGUCCAAGGUGCAAAUCGGCCUGCCGAUAACCGGCAAAUACCGAGACCCCGAGUCGGACCAGUACUACAACAACAAUGAUGGCGCGAAGAUCCUGCUUGCAUCGCACUUCGAUUUUGAAUACGUGUUGGGGCACAAGAUCGCGUUCCUGUGCACGGCCAAGGGCAAGCCGCGCCCGCAGAUCACCUGGUUCAAGGACGGCGUCGAGAUCUUCGCGCACCACAACUUGCAUAUCCACGAGUGGCUGAUCGACGAGGACCGCGUGAAGUCCAAGAUCGAGAUCGACCCGGCGACGCAGAUGGACGCCGGCGUGUACGAGUGCACCGCCGACAACAUGUACUCCAUCGAUCGCCGCUCCUUCAAGACUGACUUCUCCAUCGCCUUCGACUAACCCCCACCACUCUCCCAUCUCCCAUUACCCCCACCAGUCACCACUCAUCUCAUACAUCAUCAUCAGUCAUCCCCAUAUCUCUAUAUCUAUAUCGUCUAAAGCCCGACAUUAAUAAUGUAUCUCCUAUCUAUGCCAUCGAUUUCUUCGAUCUAUUAUUUGCAUGCCAAUGCAAAAAAUAUUUCGAUUGGAAGAUAAGAGCUUUUAUCAGAAAAAUGCUGGAUCUAAAUUGGUCCAGCAUUUUUCUGUUUGAGGCUUUUUGAAUAAGGUAAGAUAAUACAUAAUUAACAUCGGGCGUAAAUAACCUAUGAAUCCUUCAGCUCGAACGACUCCUCUGCAGUCUAACCUAUGUAAGUCCCAUUACGUUACGUAAAUCUUGGUCAUUUAGAAGUAUGAUAUUCCAAGACAGCUUUCCGAAUGAUCUGCAAUAACUAACCUAACCAAACCCUAGAGUUGCAUCAAUGUUUGUUUAGUCUAGGUAAUAGUUUAAUAUAUGCCCAAAAUUGUAUGUAUGUUAGAUAUAAUGUGACGCACAUUUCAAAGCGAUUUUGAUUUAUUAUAUUUAUGAAUAUUAUUGAUGUAAUUUUAUAUAUAUUUAGUUUGUAUGAUUAAUCAAAGUAGCAUAAGUAGAAUAGUUCAUAGCAAAAACCAUGUCAUAUACUUAGCGUAAGUAUAUUAUAUUCAAUGUAAAUCAAAUUAUUUUAUUCAAAGUGCGAUCACGGACAAAAUUUAUUUUUGUGUAUGGUUAAAAUAAUGUAAGUCAUUUAUUUAUUUCAUGUAUACUAACUGUAGUUGUAUUCUAUAAUAUAUUUUUAUAACUUAUAAUUAUCUACUUUUAAGAUCAAUGUAUCUUCUUUAAGAUCGACGUAUUUAUUAUAAGGAAUAACUUGUUCAUACGUACAGUUCUAGAUUGGAACAAUCUAUGUUAAAAUUGAAAAUAAGUAUAAUAUAUUGUAAUGUUAGUAACUAAAUAAUCAAUCGUUGU